AAAUCACCGAAAAGAAGAAGAAGAAGAGAUUUUAGAAAAAGCUGGUUCGCCAUCUUCCCCCUAGAACAGAGUUGAAAUUAAAGAAAGGCAAAACAAAAAGAGAUUAAGGAAACUGAAGUUCGAUGAGUUUGCCAAGUUCUUUCAUGGCUUCUCCUAUGAUAAUGUUUAGCGCGGUUGGAGCGGCUGCUUUAGGAGCAAGACAACUAAUUAAAUAUUGGCAAGCAUUUAAAGCUGCUCCUCGAGUUCGGAGAUUUUAUCCUGGCGGAUUUGAGACCACCAUGACUAGACGUGAGGCUGCUCUGAUUCUGGGAGUUAGGGAGAGUGCUGUUGUUGAGAAGAUAAAGGAGGCUCACAGGAGAGUGAUGGUGGCCAAUCAUCCUGAUGCUGGUGGUAGCCAUUAUCUUGCUUCAAAGAUUAAUGAGGCCAAGGAGAUUUUGAUGGGAAGGAAGAAGGGGGCGUCUGACUCUGCAUUCUAGCUGCUGAUUCAAGCAAGAGGGCUAGGCUUUAUGUGAAAAAUUUUGAUCCAUUUUAGAGGAAUUGUAAUUGUUCAGCUAAAGCUGUGGGCUCAUGUAGUUAGGGAGCCAAGUUGAGUCGUCAUCUUUCAUAUUAGUAGCUAUAUCUACAAUGAAUGCAGAAGAGUCUUGCGGAGGUAUAAUUUGAGGAUGGAAUUUGACAAAAUCCUAGUUUGGUUUUUGUUUUUGAUCAUCUCUGCUAUUAUAACUGCUGUCGUGAUACUUGAUCUGAAGGUACAGCUGCCCUUGAUGGUUGAUUUUUGUCA